GGCAGCUGGGUCCGGUCACAGAUCGUUGCGCUAUCGCGUCUGCACUCUGCACCACUACACCAACCGUUUGGUCCGCCAUCGGCGAUUCCUCCCGCACUAGUACAUAGCACUAGAGCGCCCGUGUCCGAGCAAGCCACGUACCGAUCGACGCUAACGACGACGAGCGCGACAGCGAUGGCGGCGGACCCGGACACGGAGGUGCAGGCGGAGUUCCCGCCGCUGGUCCGCCAGUACAAGAGCGGCCGCGUCGAGCGGUUCUUUAACCCGUCCCCGCUCCCGGCCGGCACCGACCCGGCCACGGGCGUCGUGUCCAAGGACGUCGUCGUCGAUCCGGCCACCGGCCUCUGGGCGCGCCUCUUCCUCCCGCCCAGCAGCAGCCACGGCAAGAAGCAGCAGCUCCCCAUCGUCGUCUACUACCACGGCGGCGCCUACGUGAUCGGCUCGGCGGCCGACCCGUGGACGCACACCUACCUCAACGGGCUCGUCGCCAAGGCCGGCGUCCUCGCCGUGGCGCUCGAGUACCGCCUCGCGCCGGAGCACCCGCUCCCGGCCGCCUACGAGGACUCGUGGGAGGGGCUCAAGUGGGUGGCCACCCACGCCGCCGCCACCGCCGCCGCGGGCGGGGGACCGGAGCCGUGGCUGACCGAGCACGGCGACUUCUCCCGCGUGUUCCUGGCCGGAGCCAGCGCGGGCGGCACCAUCGCGCACUACGUCGCCGUCCGUGCCGGCGAGCAGCAGGGCCAGGGCCAGGGCGACCUCCUCGGGGUGCGCGUCAGGGGGCUGCUGAUAGUGCACCCCUACUUCAGCGGCGCGGCGGACAUCGGCGACGAGGGGACGACGGGGAAGCAGCGCAAGGCGCAGGCCGACGCGUUCUGGCGGUUCCUGUACCCCGGCUCCCCCGGGCUCGACGACCCGCUUUCCAACCCGUUCUCGGAGGCCGCCGGCGGCAGCGCGGCGCGCGUCGCCGCCGAGCGAGUGCUCGUCUGCGUCGCCGAGAAGGAUGACCUCAGGGACAGGGGCGUCUGGUACUACGAGAGCCUCAAGGCCGGCGGCUACCCCGGCGAGGUGGAGCUGCUCGAGUCCAAGGGCGAGGGCCACGUCUUCUACUGCAUGAACCCGAGCUGCGACAGGGCGCGGGAGAUGGAGGAGCGCGUCCUGAGCUUCCUACGCAAGUGAGCGACUCUGAGCGCGCGCCCGUGCAAAGCGCUCAACUGCGCAAGUGAGAUGGAAUAAUUUCUCGUGUAAUUUGUUUGCUUAAAAUUCAUUUCAAGUUUCGAAAUGUACCUUACCGUCCUCCAAAUUGCAAAUCUGUUGGACUUGUUUUGUUUUA